GAAGACUUUCCGAAUGCACUGUAAAUUAUGUUGUGUAAUUUCCUUUCCAGUUCCUUUCCAGACUCCAAAGAAGACUAUCCCAACUUCCCGUUUGAAAACGGAGAUGUGACUGGUGCCAUGAAGCUGAAGAAGCAGCCUGUUGGUGCCCAUUGCCAUGGUAACAAAGCAGUGAGUGAGGAGAACCAUGACAAGCUGCUGGCUAAGAAGAAGCUGUACAUCGCCUCCAUUGUGUGCCUCAUCUUCAUGAUCGGAGAGGUCAUAGGUAAGGCUGGAAGAUACACUGCUCAAAAAAAUAAAGGGAACACUUAAACAACACAUCCUAGAUCUGAAUGAAUGAAAUAAUUUUAUUAAAUACUUUUUUCUUUACAUAGUUGAAUGUGCUGACAACAAAAUCACACAAAAAUGAUCAAUGGAAAUCAAAUUUAUCAACCCAUGGAGGUCUGGAUUUGGAGUCACACUCAAAAUUAAAGUAGAAAACCACACUACAGGCUGAUCCAACUUUGAUGUAAUGUCCUUAAAACAAGUCAAAAUGAGGCUCAGUAGUGUGUGUGGCCUCCACGUGCCUGUAUGACCUCCCUACAACGCCUGGGCAUGCUCCUGAUGAGGUGGCGGAUGGUCUCCUGAGGGAUCUCCUCCCAGACCUGGACGAAAGCAUCCGCCAACUCCUGGACAGUCUGUGGUGCAACGUGGCGUUGGUGGAUGGAUGGAGCGAGACAUGAUGUCCCAGAUGUGCUCAAUUGGAUUCAGGUCUGGGGAACGGGCGGGCCAGUCCAUAGCAUCAAUGCCUUCCUCUUGCAGGAACUGCUGACACACUCCAGCCACAUGAGGUCUAGCAUUGUCUUGCAUUAGGAGGAACCCAGGGCCAACCGCACCAGCAUAUGGUCUCACAAGGGGUCUGAGGAUCUCAUCUCGGUACCUAAUGGCAGUCAGGCUACCUCUGGCGAGCACAUGGAGGCCCCCCAAAGAAAUGCCACCCCACACCAUGACUGACCCACCGCCAAACCGGUCAUGCUGAAGGAUGUUGCAGGCAGCAGAAUGUUCUCCACGGCGUCUCCAGACUGUCACGUCUGUCACAUGUGCUCAGUGUGAACCUGCUUUCAUCUGUGAAGAGCACAGGGCGCCAGUGGCAAAUUUGCCAAUCUUGGUGUUCUCUUGCAAAUGCCAAACGUCCUCCACCUGUGGACGUCGGGCCCUCAUACCACCCUCAUGGAGUCUGUUUCUGACCAUUUGAGCAGACACAUGCACAUUUGUGGCCUGCUGGAGGUCAUUUUGCAGGGCUCCUCCUGCUCCUCCUUGCACAAAGGCGGAGGUAGCGGUCCUGCUGCUGGGUUGUUGCCCUCCUACGGCCUCCUCCACAUCUCCUGAUGUACUGGCCUGUCUCCUGGUAGCGCCUCCAUGCUCUGGACACUAAGCUGACAGACACAGCAAACCUUCUUGCCACAGCUCGCAUUGAUGUGCCAUCCUGGAUGAGCUGCACUACCUGAGCCACUUGUGUGGGUUGUAGACUCCGUCUCAUGCUACCACUAGAGUGAAAGCACCGCCAGCAUUCAAAAGUGACCAAAACAUCAGCCAGGAAGCAUAGGAACUGAGAAGUGGUCUGUGGUCACCACCUGCAGAACCAGUCCUUUAUUGGGGGUGUCUUAUUAAUUGCCUAUAAUUUCCACCUGUUGUCUAUUCCAUUUGCACAACAGCAUGUGAAAUGUAUUGUCAAUCAGUGUUGCUUCCUAAGUGGACAGUUUGAUUUCACAGAAGUGUGAUUGACUUGGAGUUACAUUGUGUUGUUUAAGUGUUCCCUUAAUUUUUUUGAGUAGUGUGUUAUUAGUCAGUCUAAAAUGCUAUUUCAUACCUAGGGCCAGUAGCUUUUACUGACCAUGUGACGUGGCCAGGAAAUACUCUGGUCCCUCAUUAGAAGCUAUUGACUAUCUGGUAGGCCUAUCAGGGUAAUGUUUUUCUCUAUAGCUAUGUUGUUUCUCCGGUCACAUAGGAAAAACUCCAGGCCCUAAAACUGUCAUCUAUACCAGAGUAUGUUGGCCAGGUCGCAGUUGUAAAUGAGAACUUGUUCUCAACUGGCUUACCUGGUUAAAUAAAGGUGAAAAAAAAUAAUACAAAAAAUAGGUGAGUGGAGCAGAGCCAGGAGUGAAGCCCAAUUUGGCUGGAGCAUAGAGCGAGUUUCCCAAACGCUGGAGCGUCGGCCUUCCCGCCUGUUCCAAUUCCGCUCCAGUACAGCUCCAGUAGUGCUAACUUCAGAGCUCAGGGCAUGCCCGGCUCAGCAUGCAUUUAUUUGUAGGCUACUUGUAUGCUGCUAUUGCGCCUUGCUGUAGCUACUGUCAUGGAGUUCGUUAAAUCCCCAGUGCCCCGGGCUGGUUCCAGGCAUAAGUGCGCUAAGACACUUAGAGUUUUUAGGAACUCAGUCGGGGUCUCAACUUACUAUUGAUAGUAAGAAUAGUAUAAUACACCAGGUGCAAUUUCUUAAUGUGGUUGUGCAUCAGCAGUUUUCUCUUGUAAUGUCAGUCACCGACAGUCACUCAAUUAGCAAUGUCAGCUAACAAUGUUUAGAUUGGUAGUUAGUCUAGCCAGCUAUCUAAACUUGUAGUAAUCAUGGCAUGCAGGGAAUGUGCCCUCCAUGGGCCCACAUUGAUUUUGUUAGUCAUUCUCACUCUAUCAUAUUAACAUGGCAUAAGUCAUUACAAAAUGUGUAGAAUUGCUGGAAAAUGGCUUUAAAACUGCAAAAAAUGUCUCUCCACCCAUGGCAAAGUGGGUAGAAUUUCAGGAAAUUUGCUGUAAAACUGCAAACAUUUUGUCUUUGCCCCAUGGCAAAAUGAGUAGAAUUGCACGGAAUGUGUCAAAAAAUUGCAAAGUUUUCUCUCCGCCCAAUGGGAAAAUGUGUAGAAUUGCAGGAAACUAACUUUAAAACUAAAAUCUCUCUCCACCAUCAAAGGGGGCCACUAAAAUGUUUUGCUGUGAAGUGGGGGCAUCCCAAACAAAUCUUGCGUAGGGCCCCCAAAAGGUUAGAGCUGGCCCUGCCAGUUGGUCUGCAAUUGUAUUCUCCCGUGAGCCUGAAGCCACAGACUCUGGCCAAACUUGUUUCUAAAAACGAAUAUAGAAACUGUGCUGAGCUUAAUAAGGCAUUUUUCGUCUCAUUUGUAUUUAAUUCUAAGUAAGUAACAGUCUACAGUGAGGGAAAAAAGUAUUUGAUCCCCUGCUGAUUUUGUACGUUUGCCCACUGACAAAGAAAUGAUCAGUCUAUAAUUUUAAUGGUAGGUUUAUUUGAACAGUGAGAGACAGAAUAACAACAAAAAUAUCCAGAAAAACGCAUGUCAAAAAUGUUAUAAAUUGAUUUGCAUUUUAAUGAGGGAAAUAAGUAUUUGACCCCCUCUCAAUCAGAAAGAUUUCUGGCUCCCAGGUGUCUUUUAUACAGGUAACGAGCUGAGAUUAGGAGCACACUCUUAAAGGGAGUGCUCCUAAUCUCAGUUUGUUACUAGUAUAAAAGACACCUGUCCACAGACGCAAUCAAUCAAUCAGAUUCCAAACUGUCCACCCUGGCCAAGACCAAAGAGCUCUCCAAGGAUGUCAGGGACAAGAUUGUAGACCUACACAAGGCUGGAAUGGGCUACAAGACCAUCGCCAAGCAGCUUGGUGAGAAGGUGACAACAGUUGGUGCGAUUAUUCGCAAAUGGAAGAAACACAAAAUAACUGUCAAUCUCCCUCAGCCUGGGCUCCAUGCAAGAUCUCACCUCGUGGAGUUGCAAUGAUUAUGAGAACGGUGAGGUAUCAGCCCAGAACUACACGGGAGAAUCUUGUCAAUGAUCUCAAGGCAGCUGGGACCAUAGUCAGCAAGAAAACAAUUGGUAACACACUACGCUGUGAAGGCCUGAAAUCCUGCAGUGCCCCCUGCUCAAGAAAGCACAUAUACAUGCCCAUCUGAAGUUUGCCAAUGAACAUCUGAAUGAUUCAGAGGAGAACUGGGUAAAAGUGUUGUGGUCAGAUGAGACCAAAAUCGAGCUCUUUGGCAUCAACUCAAGUCGCCGUGUUUGGAGGAGGAGGAAUGCUGCCUAUGACCCCAAGAACACCAUCCCCACCGUCAAACAUGGAGGUGGAAACAUUAUGCUUUGGGUGUGUUUUUCUGCUAAGGGGACAGGACAACUUCACCGCAUCAAAGGGACGAUGGACGGGGCCAUGUACCGUCAAAUCUUGGGUGAGAACCUCCUUCCCUCAGCCAGGGCAUUGAAAAUGGGUCGUGGAUGGGUAUUCCAGCAUUACAAUGACCCAAAACACACGGCCAAGGCAACAAAGGAGAGGCUCAAGAAGAAGCACAUUAAGGUCCUGGAGUGGCCUAGCCAGUCUCCAGACCUUAAUCCCAUAGAAAAUCUGUGGAGGGAGCUGAAGGUUCGAGUUGCCAAUGACUUGGAGAAGAUCUGCAAAGAGGAGUGGAACAAAAUCCCUCCUGAGAUGUGUGCAAACCUGGUGGCCAACUACAAGAAACGUAGGGUUUUGCCACCAAGUACUAAGUAAUGUUUUGCAGAGGGGUCAAAUACUUAUUUCCCACAUUAAAAUGCAAAUUAAUUUAUAACAUUUUUGACAUGCUUUUUUCUGGAUUUCACUGUUCAGUCUCUCACUGUUCAAAUAAACCUACCAUUAAAAUUAUAGACUGAUCAUGUCUUUGUCAGUGGGAAAACGUACAAAAUCAGCAGGGGAUCAAAUACUUUUUUCCCACACUGUAUAUGUGCAUUUAAUAGACUAUAAUGAUUUAAUACAAUGAAAUGUUUAAACGCUGAGCCCUUAAUUCUCCUCCCAGCCUAGUGGGUCGCACUCGCAAAUUCUUCACAAUGUAUUUAUUUGUAGGCUAUAGGCUAAUAAUAUAGCCUAAAUAAUUCAUCUUUGUUCCUUCUUAGGCUAUCUGUCUGGCUCCUGACCUAUUUAGUGUUUAUAUGCUGUUUAAUAUGACAUGUAGCCUAUUUGAAAUUAUGAAUGCUUCCUAAAGUCAAAUCAUAAGGUUUGCUUUCAAUACUUCAAAACCAAAUGGUAGGUCCACGUAGUCAGAAAAAUAGGUGGGUGUUGGUUAAAUGGUGAUUUUAAAUAAAAAAUGAAUGGAACGAAUUUGGAGCAGCAGUUUCUUUCCUGUGAGAGAGGAGCGGUUUUUAGCAGAGCGGCUGGAAAGGACGUGGAGCGCCGGAGCGAUGAGCGGGACUUCCGACCACUCAACUCUGUACAAAUACUCAGAUCUAGAAUAACUAUGAGUAGGUUCCUUGAACUUGAAAUUCAAGGGGAAGCUUUGUGGAGUUUCUGAAUCACUGUCGCACCUUGAGCAGCCUUUGCACCUUGUGCAACUCUUCUGCUCUGUAAAUGGUCUUUAGAGGCUCCUUGAAAUGCAUCCAGCCUUUACUGUCGAAAUCCUCCCAAAAGACAAAUGUCCUGUCAGCCCAAAGGACAAUAGAGAUAAGGUAAAAUAUGAAGGAAAAAAAGCAUGACAUUUACAUUUUAUAAUCCAUAUUUUAUGUAUUUAAUAUUCUAUAUAAAUUCUAGGUUCCCAGCCAGAGCUUUGACUAAUCAAUUUUAUUCACACUGCUGUAAAAAGUUAAUUGUUUCUUCUCAACUUCUAUGAUAUCUCCAAGUCAGCGAUUAUUACUCUGGGAGAAACUGAAACUCAUAUCUUCUUACUACUCAAUCUAAUUUCAAUAGGGAAUUUCAGAGUUUUGCUGAUGAUUAAUUAAGAGUAUAUUGAAGCACCCAUGCCUCAAUCUAACUAACAUACAGUGGCAUGUAUUAAUGGAUGCCAAGGGAAACCAGGCUUCCCAAAAGAAUUGACCAACAAAAACAAUAUAAAAACACAAAAAUAUAUAUAUUUAGUCUCUGUUUCAUAAUUUUCCUUCAGUUUGCAAGAGGCUGAAUGUAUCUCACAGGAGAAAGCAUCCGAGCGAGUGAAACAGUGCUCCUCUGUCUCUCUAGGUGUAGGCCAUCUAUCUGAUAAUGUCUGGUCCAAACGAGUAUGACAUUGUUGCCGCCCGUAGCAUUGAAGACAAAAAAAGUAUAAAACAUGUGCUAAUCAGCGUUGCGCUAAACUGGGUGAGCUCAACUGCGAAUGGUCCUGGCGCACCAAAAACAAGUGUCAAGGGAAGCCAUCUUGGAUUUUGGCGUCACUCCUAUCAAAUCUUAUUUGAGAGCAUACGUCAUUAACAGAAAAACUAGAAUUGUUGCAUCUCGUUGUGUUAUCCUCCGGUGGGUAGCCAGCUAGCUAAAAUUGUCCCUUUCCUAAAUUAGCCAUGGAUGGAGAAAGGGAUUUGGACUUGUGGUUUUACUUAAUUCUCCGUACUGGCCAAUUAUUAUAACGGCGAUUCUGAUCCAACCAUUAAUUAAUACAUUGUUAUUUAGCUUGGCUUCCCCAGUGAUUUUACCCACGUACCGCUACUGCUAACAUAAUAAGAAAAUCCCCAUCAAAAUCUAUCCGUUUAAGAUAGAGACGUCAUGUUUUCUUCAUAAAUCUCAAUCCACCGCAUCUGCUUAUCUAUGCCUGCCUUCUGCAUCUGCAGUGGAAGGUGGCCUAGCUACAGCAGUGUUUGUCAGACCAUGAGACAUCCCAAAAACCGGUCUUCUCACAAAUACUUCUGUAGCAGCCGAACCGUGUGGAAAGGGGAGACUCUCAUGAACACCAUUGUGUUCUCCAUUUUGCUCUAUGACCCCCACAAGUGUCAUGGGACUCAUCUGAAGGUAACACACACAAAUUAAUAGAAGUAUGGAGGUGGUUUUGUUCCAACAAAAAUAAGGGGUUUAAUAUGUGUAAAAAAUAUACAUAUAUAUAUAUAUAUAUAUAUAUAUAUAUAUAUAUAUAUAUAUUUACUGAGCUUCAAAACCUUAUUCCUUUUUACUGUCUUUUUUUUACAUUUAUGGAUGUUAUUCAAUGCGUUUAUUUUUUUGUUUUACGUAAAAGGGGUCCUAAAAUUCAAGACCAAAUAGCUAAAUGUUCCAUGGUAUGACCAUCUUAAAAAAAUUCCAUAUGUUAGCAAAUUUCAAUGACUUAAAAACCUCAUACCAACUAUAAAUUGUAAAAAUGUAUAUACAAACAUUGAGAGCAUUUAAUGAGAACUAAAAGUUGUGCAACAUGAAAAUAGUCAAAUUUACAUUGUAUAAUUUAUUGACGGUCCCUAACUAGCCCCUGAGAUUGGCAAAAUUGGUUUGGCUCUGGAUAGCAUCAGUCGCACACCAGCUAGCUGAAGCUAAUUGCGAACACACACAAGAGACACCAACAUCAAGCCACACCCUGAAACCAACUCACGUUUGAAUUCAGACAUGGCCGCUAGCAUUUAUUAAUUAACUAAAUCUAAAAUGUGGCCAAAUCAAAGCUGCCCUUUAAGUGAAAUUCGAUUCAGCUGUCAUUGGAAUCAAAACGUAUAGUCCUGUUUAGUUGUUCAAACACAUAGUCUGUACUUUCCAUUCAUGAGACCUAUUCAUCAUCAAUAGCAUCUAAAACAUGGAUCUGAUGUGUGGCUGCCUCUAUGAGACGUCUCCAUUGUGUCAAUGUGUCUAUAGGGGGCUACCUGGCGCACAGUUUGGCCAUCAUGACAGAUGCAGCUCACCUCCUGACUGACUUUGGCAGCAUGAUGGUCAGUCUCUUCUCCCUGUGGAUCUCCUCCAGACCGCCCACCAAAACCAUGACCUUUGGGUGGCACCGCUCAGGUUAGGCCCAUGACAUACCACCUGAAAACAUCUGUGAAUGUACUUUUGCUUUUACCAUUUAGCUUCCAGAUAACAUGGAGAAUGUUGUAUUAGCUGAAUGAUAAUAGCCAGGGUCACAAUGCUCUAAAAUGACCUUUCCAUGUGUCGUUGGAUGUGUGAUACUGAUCGUCACUGUCUCCAACCCCCACAGAGAUCCUAGGAGCCCUGGUGUCAGUGAUGUCCAUCUGGAUAGUGACUGGGGUGCUGGUGUACCUGGCCAUCGAGAGGAUAGUCAGGAACGACUAUGAGAUCAACAGUCAAGCGAUGCUCAUCACCUCUGGCUGUGCCGUUAUAGUAAACAUCAUGUGAGUGGUUCAUUAUUACGGCUUCAAUGGGGAAAAAAACGACACAUAGUGAUGCAAAUAACUUAGCUGGAGUCAGCCAUAUUGCAUUCAACUAUGCUGUCUUUUUCCCCCCCAGAGCAUAUGAAUUGAAGAAAAACUAAGAGAAGACACUUUAGACUAUUGACAUGUAGCAUUCUCUAUUCCCUCUGUCCUGUAGCAUGGCAUACAUCCUCCACCACUCUACCACCUUCCAUGCCCAAGGCUCAGGCUACCAGCAGAUAGACGAGAAUGGGCAGAGCCCUGUGGGUCACAGCCACUCCCAUGUGGGUCACGGCCACUCCCAUGCCCUUCUGGGUCAUGGCCAUGGCAACACCAGUGUGAGAGCAGCCUUCAUUCAUGUGUUGGGAGACCUCCUACAGAGUGUUGGGGUCCUAGUGGCUGCCAUUGUCAUCUUCUUCAGGGUCAGUAACAAAUACUAGUGUUUACAUACAUCUUACAGUACAAAAUACAUUAUGGCAUAUUGUUAUACUGUAUUUAUUUACAGUGCAACAAGUGUAUCCCUUAUAUAUUUAUGUUCACUGAAUGUGAGGUUCUUGGGCAUAUCUUGUGCAAAAAGUUAGAAAUUGACCUCUAGCAAUACACCAUUUGGAGAAAAACUGUUGUGCUACUGAUGCUGUUUAGUCUCAGUAGGAAGGGGUUUAAUGUGUCUCAUCGCCCUGCAAUAUAUUCCUCUUCCAUUAAAAACCCUCCCUGUGAUCUGAGUGGCCUAAUGUGUUAUGACAUCAGUAGAGCAGCACCUCAUCACCAUCUGAUACCACUCCCCUCUGCUCACCUAAUACUCUCUCCUGUGGACCUUCUGUUGCAGCCUGAAUACAAAGUAGCAGAUCCCAUUUGUACUUUCCUCUUCUCCGUGUUUGUCCUGGGGACCACGAUCACCAUCCUCAGGGAUGUCUUCAGGAUACUCAUGGAAGGUAAACUCAACUCAGCAGCCUUUUCUGUUUCUCUUGCUCUGAACUGAGCCAAGGUGAAUUCAAACAAUAAAAUGUUUUUCCAGACAUUUCUCCAUUUGUAAAAUAAUGUAUUUAUAGAAAAAUACAUCAGUAAAACAUGGCCUUGAGUUCCUUGAAGUUAAUUAACUGUUGAUUAAAUAUUCAUCUGUCCUCAUCUUUUACAGGGGCUCCUAAGGGAAUAGAGUUUGACUCAGUGAAAGAGGUGUUGCUGUCUCUGAAGAUGGUGAAGGCUAUGCACAACCUGCGCCUGUGGGCCCUGACGGCUGGACAAACCCUGGUCUCUGUCCACGUAGCCAUCGGUGAGAAAUCACCGUUAGUCUGGCACAUCCAUUUAGAUUGUAUGUGCACAAUCUACCAUGUUCAUUCACACACAUUGCCAAUAGUGGCCAACAGAAAAACAAUAUCAUACAUAACUUCACAGUUAGACAUUACAUGAUUGUUGACAUCUGUUAUGUACUCCUGAGUGGCGCAGUGGUCUAAGGCACUGCAUCGCAGUGCUAACUGUGCCACUAGAUCCUGGUUCGAAUCCAGGCUCUGUCGCAGCCGGCCGCGACCGGGAGACUCAUGGGCGGCACACAAUUGGCCCAGCGUCGUCCAGGGUAGGGGAGGGAAUGGCCGGCAGGGAUGUAGCUCAGUUGAUAGAGCAUGGCGUUUGCAACGCCAGGGUUGUGGGUUCGUUUCCCACGGGGGGCCAGUAUAAAAAAAUAUGUAUUCACUAACUGUAAGUCGCUCUGGAUAAGAGCGUCUGCUAAAUGACUAAAAUUUAAAUGUAAAUGUCAUUGUUGUUUUCCAGAGGAGAAUGCUGAUCCCCAGAGUGUCCUUAAGGAGGCUACAGAGAUCCUCCAAACCAAGUUUGGUUUCUACAGCACCACCAUCCAGGUGGAGCUCUACUCUGACGACAUGGCCUACUGCACACACUGCCAGGACCCUAUGGACUAA